AUGGCUGUCUCAGGCGACGUGGAGGUGUGCAGGAGGGCGCUGCUGCCGCGCAUGCUGUCCGUGUCACAGGACGCGGCGGUGCUGCGCCGCCCCUUCAAGUCGCCGUGCCCCGGUGCCACCACCAGCGCCUCCCCCGAGCUGCUCAGGCGCCUCGCUGCAUGCCGCCGCUUCGUGGCGUGGGGAGGGGGCGUGCACCGCCGACCCCUGGUCAUGGCGCCCGUUUUCGAGCAGGAGACAGAAGAGGCCAGUGAGGAGGGCAAGCCGGGGCAAGGCGAGGAGGAGGGGGCGGCGACAGUGGCGGCAGCGGAGGCGGGGUAUGAGCCAUUGGUGCUGUGGGUGCCGGAGGAGGAUCCGUUCCACGCGUGUGAGCAGUCACAGCCCAUCGCCGUCGACCCCAUCCUCGCCAAGUGCCUCCGCGCCCACCAGCGGGAGGGAGUGGCGUUCAUGUUUGAGUGUGUGGCGGGGCUCAAGGACUUCCACCAGCAAGGCGACGAUGACCUCGGCUGCUAUGGCUGCAUCCUCGCUGAUGACAUGGGGCUCGGCAAGACGCUGCAGUCGAUAGCGCUGCUGUGGACGCUGCUGAAGCAGGGCUUCCAGGGGCCCAAGGGGCCGCCGCUGGUGCGGCGAGCGCUCAUAGUCACGCCCACGAGCCUGGUGAGCAACUGGGCGGCGGAGCUGGACAAGUGGCUGGGCGGCCGCGUGCGCUGCGUGGCGCUGUGUGAGGCCAGCCGUGCCGACGCCCUCAAAGGCAUCCAGCAGUUCCUGGCUCCGCGCGGCACUCACCAUGUGCUGAUAGUGUCGUACGAGACGUUCCGCCUGCACGCCACAGCGUUCCACCACGACGGGGCGUGCGACCUGGUGAUCUGUGAUGAGGCGCAUCGCCUCAAGAACGACCGUACGCUCACCACCCAGGCGCUGGCAGGACUGCCUUGCAGGCGCCGAGUGCUGCUCUCUGGCACUCCCAUGCAGAACGAUCUGGAGGAGUUCUACGCCAUGGUGUCUUUCACCAACCCGGGCGUGCUUAGCAACGCCGCCCACUUCCGACGCCACUUCCAGGCGCCCAUUUUGGCGGGGAGGGAGCCGCAGGCAUCGGAGGAGGAGAGGGCCCUGGGGGCGCAGCGAUCUGCGGAGCUGAGUGACCGCGUCAACCAGGUAGGGGGAGGGUGGGGGCGCGAGUGCACACAGAGGGUGGUAGACGAGUGGGGCAUGCAGUGGAGCCACGUGCCCAUCCGUGCAUUUGCUGUCAUAUGCCCACUUCUCCUCUGCCCCCCUUCUAAUCGCCUCCCCUCCUGUCCCCUGCCCCCACCUGCCUGUGCCCCCUGCCCCCACCUGCCUGUGCCCCCUGCCCCCACCUGCCUGUGCCCCCUGCCCGCUUGUGCCCGGCAGUUCAUUCUACGCCGCACCAACGCGCUCCUCUCCAACCACCUGCCUCCCAAGAUAGUGGAGAUAGUGUGUUGCCGCAUGACGGACCUGCAGCGGCAGCUGUACGAGCGAUUCAUUCACUCUAAGAAUGUGCGCACGGCACUGGAGGACGGGAAGAAGGCGCGGGCGCUGGCGUCCAUCACGGCCCUCAAGAAGCUCUGCAACCACCCCAAGCUGCUGUAUGACUCCAUCAGGGCCGGAGGGGCGGAGGCAGCUGGCUUUGAGGACGCUCUCCCGCUCUUCCCACCCGAAAUGUUCAAUGGGAGGAGUGGCACGUGGACCGGGGGGGGCGGCACGUGGGUGCAGCUGUCGGGCAAGAUGGUGGUGCUGGCACGGCUGCUGGCACACCUGCGCACACGCACCACGGACCGCAUCGUACUCGUCUCCAACUACACACAGACGUUGGACCUAUUUGCGCAGCUGUGCCGGGAGCAUGGGUACCCCUUCGUGCGGCUGGAUGGAGGCACCUCGGUGGGCAAGAGGCAGAAGCUCGUGCAGCAGUUCAACGACCCCCACGCCGACGAGUUUGUGUUUCUGCUGAGCAGCAAGGCGGGGGGGUGUGGGCUGAACCUCAUAGGCGGAAACCGACUCGUGCUCUUUGACCCCGACUGGAACCCCGCCAACGACAAGCAGGCGGCGGCGCGUGUGUGGAGGGACGGGCAGAAGAAGCGUGUGUUUGUGUACCGCUUCCUGGCAGCGGGCACCAUUGAGGAGAAGGUGAGCCGCAGCAUCAAAGGGAGGGUGAGCGCCCUGCAUGUGAGGCGAGGGUGA